CCUUUCUUCCAUUAAAGCGCCGGCCAUGCAGCCGGAGGAAGGGGAAGUCAACCCGCUUUCACCUUAGCUACCGCCGCCGCGAUAUCACAUCUGCCUAUUCUGCUCGUCACCGAUUCAUUAUCUCCGUAUUUGCCGUCGUAUUAUAAGAAAAUAACAACUUUGAUUCCUCGCAUUGCGUUUUUCCCCCUUCCUUCACAUCGAUUAAGGAAGGAUGCAAGGAAACCGAGAGCCUCGACCCGAAGAGCAGAGUUAUGGAUCUGCCAGAGCGCAGGGCCCCCUGUACCAGCAGAAUAAAGGGGCGAACCGCAAUGGGCAGCAUGCAGAAAACGCCAAGCCGACUAAUGCAACUUUAACAAUAGAUCUGCAGACCUUCAAGAAGCCUGGUGAAAAGACUUAUACUCAGCGGAGCAGGCUGUAUGUUGGUAAUUUACCAAUGGGGGUGACUGAACAAGAGGUGGAGAAGCUGUUUUCAAAGUAUGGAAAACCUGCAGAGAUAUUCAUUAAUAAGGAAAGGGGAUUUGGCUUCGUCAGAUUGGAGACCAGAACCUUGGCUGAGAUCGCGAAAGCGGAGCUGGACGACACAAACUUUAAGGGCAGGCAGCUGCGCGUGCGUUUCGCUACUCAGGGAGCUGCUCUCACCGUGAAGAACCUGCCGCAGUUCAUCUCCAACGAGCUCCUGGAAGAGGCUUUCUCCAUCUUCGGCCAGGUGGAGAGGGCCAUCGUCAUCGUGGACGACCGGGGGAGGCCCACGGGCAAAGGCAUCGUGGAGUUCACCAGCAAAGCGCCCGCUAGAAAAGCCCUGGAUCGAUGCGCAGAGGGGGCUUUCUUGUUAACUGCAUCUCCAAGGCCGAUUACCGUGGAGCCAAUGGAGCAGUUUGAUGAAGAUGAAGGGCUGCCCGAGAAGAUCAUUAACAAAAACCAGCAGUUUCACAAGGAGCGAGAGCAGCCCCCACGCUUCGCCCAGCCGGGGUCAUUUGAGUAUGACUUCGCGCUGCGCUGGAAGGCUCUACUGGACAUGGAGAAGCAGCAGCAUGCGCAGGUGGACAGAAACAUCCGGGAAGCGAGGGAGAAGCUGGAGGCGGAGAUGACGGGGGCGCAGCACGAGCACCAGGUCAUGCUGAUGAGGCAGGACCUGCUCCGACGGCAGGAGGAGCUCCGGAGGAUGGAGGAGAAGCAGGAGAUGCAGAAGCGCAAGCAGGCGGAGAUGCGGCAGAACGAGGAGAUGGCUCGCAGGCAGCAAGAAGGCUUCCAGGGCUUCCCCGAAAACAGACAGCAGGAGAUGAGGAUGCACAUGGGAGGUCCAGGAAUGGGACUGAAUAGGAGCUCGAUGGGAGGAAACCCCCUAAACGCAGGACCGCAGAACAUGCCAGCUGAUUCGAAACCCUUAAUGCACAACAACUUCCCAAUGGAGGGAGCUGGAAACAGUGCUAUGAUGGGGGCCAUGCCAGGAGCCAUGCCUGGCUUUCCCAGGGGCCCCCCCGGACCCACAGACUUCAAGCGCCCCAGAUUUUAGGAAAUGCUCACCAUACACUUCUUCAUUCUCAAUUUUACAAAUAUUUUUAUACAUCCUUUUUAUACAGGGUAAAAUUUUAUUUGGCUAUUGGCAGUGAUUUUUUCUUUUCAGUCCUUUAUGAACUGUCUUGCAUUGGGUGUUUUUGUUUUACACCUUUAGUUUAGAGCUAACCUUUUAUUCUAACGUUUUUUUGGUUUGUAGUAAUUUUGUACAUCUGAGUAGUCCCCCAACCCCCAGAUAUCAUACACAUUCAACAGACCCCCCACAGAAAAUAAUAAAAUUGCCUGUCUAGUGUUAAAUGUCUUGAUGUAUAUUACAAGUGGUACUCUUUCCAAAUCUUGUACUUCUCUAAAUAAACACUGGAUGGUGGUAGUGAAUCACUAAUACAAUAUGACACAGGUUGUAUUAUAAAGUCAAAUAUGACAGUUCAGGAUUUCUUAAUCUUGGUUCCUGUGUAUGUCUGAACAUUAAGCUUCUUAAUUGCGCUUGAUCAACCUGUCACAAAAUACUGAUCCUGAUCUGACUUAAAAAUGUGUUCAAAAUGAGAGAAUUACGUUUGGCUUAAUAAUCCUCAAGGUGAAAAGGUUUUGAUUGAUUUAUGGCACCCAGGCAAACUAGUAAACGUUUAGUGUGCAAGUUG